GCCAGCACAUCUUAAAGCCGGGGGAAAUCGGCCGGCCCUGUGGAACCGCAUUAAACACAUGUCCGCGAUAGCGCCUAGAACAGUCACAUCUAAAAUGCAGAGUCUUGCGGCAAAAGUCGGAAUCUUCGUCGUGUUAGUAGGUUUAUUAGAGUGUGUUGCAGUAGCUCCUCCAAACCCAUUGCAAGAAAUGGUUCUAGAGAUUCGCCCAUCUUUCGGUGAAGGAUUGCAGCAUCUCGAAAAUUUGUUUGACUUGUUCCAUCUAACUCUGACUGGAACAGAAUUUGAAAUGGAAGCCCCUAGUAAUAAAGAGGAGAUACAGUUAGCUAUUCGCCAGACCCACGAUUCUUUUUCUGAAACCGAGAAGAUCACAGCCAAGCAUCAGAGACUCUAUGAUGAGAAGUUUCUUUCUCUAACUCACAACAUAUCUGUCCUUGAAAUAAACAUAAAUCAGCAAGAGAAUGAGCUUACCCAGUUGAAACGAGAAGAAGGCAAAAAGCAAGUCGAAUCCGCCAAACUAGUCGUGAAAAACAUUUUUUCAUUCAGGAAAGGCAUUAACAAAGAGAUUCUAGCUAAAAUUCUAGCAAUAAAAGCAACCGUGAAAGAGAUUGUUGAUCGUCACAAUUCGAUGGCGGCAUCCAUAUCAAGCUUGAAAUCAAAUCUGAUUUCUUCUCGUUCGGAACUCAACAGGUUGCGAGAUGAAAGUUCAUUAAUUGGGAGCUUGGGCUCCAAAAUCAGAUCCAUCACUACGUUUUUGACUGUGCUUCAUGGAAAAGUGAACGUUAUGUCCAACACACAGCAGUGGCGGUAUGAGUUUGAACCCUUGCUUCUAUCCAUUGAUGAUUUGAUAAAAUUUCUCCAAAGUCGUGAAGAUCUGAUGACGUCACUGGCGAACAAACAAAUCGUGGAUAAAAUUAGAGAUAAAUACUUUUAAAUACUUUAAAAAUUAACCAGUUUUUAACUCAGCAGUAAAGUUACGCUUUUAACUAAUACAUAGGCUAGUGAUGACAACCGACUAAUUUCUGCACAAAAGUUGAAUACAAUUUAAACUAAAUGAAAAUGUGUGAAUUUAACUGCAAAGUGGACUUGACAAUAAACUUGCAAAUAGCUGCAACAGUA